AUGGCGCCGCGGCGCUUCGAUCUUGCUUUGGUAAGGGUCGCCGACAUCAAACUCAUUCUCGCAUUCGAAGGCAAGGGCAACAACUUCGAGUGGGACAAGCUUGCCAGCGAGGUCCGACAAUGCUGUAUCGCGACUCGGCCCAAGGGUUAUCAAGGACGCAAUUAUGGGAUGGGCGGUCGAGGACCUGAAUGUCUCUUCCUUGAGUACAAUGGCACUCAAGCGUCCUACCUGUACGUCGACAAUACGGCCACGGUUAAGACAUGUGAGUAUCGCCGCACAUACCACAUCACGACAGAUCGAGAUGAGAUUAGUCAGAUCCUCCAGUUCAUCGCGGCUCAAUUUUAG